AUGGCCAGCUAUCUAAGCUCGAACCCCUCUGUCAAUGGCAGCAGUCACGCCAAUGCAGACUUCAGCAUCAGAGACCAGCCUGCGCCAGAAACUGACCAGUAUGGCUACAAGAUUCGUGAGCAACCAAUGGGCACGAAGCGGAGGGUGAAAGUGAUCCUGAUGGGUGCUGGUGCAUCCUCCCUGAAUUUCUUCAAGAAAGCCGAGGAAGAGAUGGAGAAUCUGGACAUAGUCUGUUAUGAGAAGAAUCACGAUAUCGGAGGGACUUGGCUAGAGAACAGGUACCCCGGAGUCGCGUGUGACAUCCCAUCCGUCAAUUAUCAAUUCUCCUGGAAGAUCGCGCUGUGGACCCAUUAUUACUCAUACGGCCCUGAAAUAUGGCAAUAUCUCAAAUCGAUCGAAGAGGAGAAUGACUUCAUCAAGAAAUACAUCAAGCUGCGGCAUCAAAUUGAGGGAGUAGGAUGGGAUGACAACGCCGGACUGUGGCGGUUCAAGAUCCGUAACCUAGAAACCGACGAAGUCGUAGACGACAGCGCGGAACUUUUCAUCAAUGCUGGCGGCGUCCUGAAUAAUUGGAAAUGGCCCAACAUACCCGGUCUCCACGACUUCAAAGGAAAACUAAUGCACUCAGCUCACUACGACGACUCGUACGACCUUACAGGAAAGAAAGUAGCCGUUCUCGGCGCAGGCUCCAGCGGCGUCCAAAUAGUAGCAGCUAUCCAAAAGAAAGUCAACAAGCUAUACCACUGGGUGCGUUCUCCAAUCUGGAUAACGGCAGGCUUUGCGCAAACGUGGGCGGGCAAAGACGGCGCCAACUUCGCAUACACCAAAGCCCAACUCAAGUUUUUAGAGGAAAACCCGAAGAAGUACCUCGAAUACCGCAAACAGAUCGAAAACGAACUAAACCAACGCUUCAAAUUCAUCAUCAAAGGCAGCCCCGAAGCCCGCCAAGCACGCGAGUACGCCGAGGCCGAAAUGACGCGUAAACUGUCCAACGAUCCACGUCUCGUCGAGAAAAUGAUCCCCAAGGACUUUAAUCCGGGUUGUAGACGGCCGACCCCCGCGCCGGGCUAUCUGGAAGCCCUCGUUGCGCCGAACGCGACGAUCUUCACGGAUGAGGUGAAGCUCUUCGCGGAGACCGGCUUCGUAGAUCACGAGGGCACGCAUCACGAAGUCGAUGCCGUGAUCUGCGCCACAGGCUUCAACACAUCCUGGCUCCCGCGCUUCCCCUUCAAAGCGCACGGCAAAGACCUGCGUGAGUUAUGGAGCGAUGAGAACGGGUUGACAUCAUAUCUCAGCAUCGCGAUCCCCACAUUCCCAAAUCAUUUCUCAUAUUGCGGCCCCUACGGCCCCCUCGGCCACGGCUCCUUAAUCCCCCUCAUCGAGCAAUGGACCCGCUACAUCUUCACCUGCAUCACCAAACUCCAAACCGAGAACCUCAAAUCUCUGACCCCCUCACUGCGCGCUUCGCAGCAGUUCCGCCAGCACGCCGACCUCUUCCUGCAGCGCACGGCGUGGUCCUCGCCGUGCGCAUCGUGGUUUAAGCAGGGGAAGCGGGACGGGCAGGUGGCCGUGUGGCCGGGGAGCCGGCUGCACUUUCUGGAGAUGAUGAAGGCGCCGCGGUAUGAGGAUUAUGAGAUUGCGUAUUGGGAUGAGAAUCGGUUUGGGUGGCUGGGGAAUGGGUUUACGACGAGGGAGGUGGAGGGGGAUGGCAGGGAUGUGACGUGGUAUUUGGGGAGUUUGGAGGAGGGGGGUGGGGAUGUGCAGCCGGUGUUUGGGGAGGCGUUGAUGGGGGUGCUGGCGGGGUGGGUGAUUAAAGAGGAGGAGGAGCGAGUAGGGUCACGUGAGGGGGUUUAG